AUGCUAUGCGCCCGGGCCCCCGCUGUGGCGCGUUUCAGAGCACUUCACACUGGCCCUGUCACAAAGGACCUUUUUUCGUGGCUCAAGCGCGGCAAGAGCAAGGAGGAGGCGGUUGAGAAGCCCGCCGACACGAAGGAGCUGAUCGGCAAGAUCGAGAGCGGGUCCAGCGGUACCCAGAGUGUUGCGCGCAAGGUGCUGAAGCUGAAGCUGGAGCCGAGUGACUUUGUGGGCAUGGACGAAGCGCAGCUGGCGCGCCAGCUGCACCGCGAAAGACUGGAGAAGGUGCAGUUCCGCCGCUGGCUGAGCCAGGAGAAGCUGUCCAAGCCCGAGGAGCUUCGCACGCUUGUCGCCGCCGCCUAUGAGACCACGUUCGGUGCACCCGGGGACGCCGCAGCCCUCGAACAGCGAUUUCCGGACUUGCGGUCGAUGUUCAUCUUUGCCAAGCAUAUGCAGGCCAGCACCGGGUACAUCAUGCCUGACGCCCAGCUGACACGCUUGCAUACGCCUGCAGCUGUUGCCCAGUGGUACGAGAGAAACGUCCUGACGGGCAAGUUACAGAAGUUCCGCGAGGAGUUGCCGAACGCCAUCGACUUAUCGGACGCAGAUUUACCGGUGAACGUGGUCGUGCGCGAGCAUGUUCUGCCAAAGGUUCAGCGCAAGACUCUGAACGCUGUGCUUCGCGAGGUAUCUGCGCUGGAGACUUCGAAAGCGAAAGCCGCGCUUGAACGUGCCAAGGCGACCUGA